CUGUAAUAGCAAUGCAAGUUGCAAAAUGAUGUCCUUAAGCUUGUGCUCUUUUCUCCUUCUCUUCGUCUCCCUAGUGUAUGGUCAGGAGCGUGGCUCGCUGAGACUCAUUCGCUUCGGGCAGUACUCGUCCAGUCAUACAAGCGGACGACUGCAGGUCUACUACAACGACAACUGGGGCAGCAUAUGUGGGCAUCCUUCCUCUUCUCCCUUUUCUGUAGAGGCAGCUACCGUGGCCUGUCGUCAGUUAGGCUAUCAGGGAGCCCGCUCUUUCUCUAGAGCUGCUGGUGACACCUAUGGUACUGGUGCUGCUGCAGUCAUUGAUGACAUUAAUUGUGCUAGUGUUCCUCAAGCUCUUGUCUUAUUUAGGUGUUCCUUUAGUACAUAUGUUGAUUUGGCAUGUACUGCAUCUGAUGAUGUAGGAAUUGAAUGCUUUCCUAAUAGAAUAUGGUCUAAUCCAUUCCCUAAGAUGGUGCGAUUGCAAGAUGGUAUCUACUCUAAUGAAGGUCGUGUUGAAGUAUACUGCAGUGGCCAAUGGGGCACAAUAUGCUCUCAGACUGCAUUGAGUACAGCUAUUGCUGAUACUUUAUGCAGACAGCUUGGGUACACAUCCUCCACUAAUUCAACUGCCAUACCGUACAACAUUACAACUGAUUCCAAUCAUAUUGCUCAUGGUGGUAUAGCUGGUACCUGUUCGUCCAGUCAAGUAUGUCUCCGUAAUUGCAUCAAUAACUGCUCACCAACCACUUGUGGAGGAUACCCAACACCAUACAUUACCUGUGAAUAUUCGACAUCGAGUACUACAACCUCUCUAUUAAGAACAUGUGAUACUGGGACAUACCCCAGGGGAGAUGGUGCCAUCAGAUUAGUCCAGAACAAUCAGACCUCACCCAGCUACACCUCGGGAAGGGUACAGGUUUAUUAUAAUAACGACUGGGGUAGUAUCUGUUUUAGAUCAACGUUCUCUGAUACAGUUGCUAACGUGAUCUGUCAUCAAUUAGGAUUCACACAUGCACUGAGCUGGAGCUAUGCCUCCAAUGACAGUUUUGGUAUUGACAGCUAUAAGCCUGUGUUUGAUGACAUUCAGUGUUCCAGUGGUCAACUGUUGAAUGUACAGCAGUGUUCAUACAGUACUGACAUCAACUUUGAAUGCACUGAUAGAGAUGAUGUAUCCGUUACAUGCUCUCCUACUAGAUAUGAAGAUACUCCCUUUGAUGGUAUGGUAAGAUUGAAUGGAAGUGAUUUUACUAAUGAAGGACGCAUUGAAGUGUAUUGCAGUGGGCAAUGGGGUGUGAUAUGUAAUACAUUGGCUUCAUCAGGUAUUAGGACAAUAUGCAGACAACUUGGAUUUAAUGAUUACUUCUCUUCGUCCACACUCUCCAUUCCAAGCACUUCUGUCGUUCCAGUGUGGUUCUCUUCUCUCUCUUGUUCUUAUUCUUACAACUGUGUCUCUGAUUGUAGUUCGUGUCCAUCUUCUCCAUCUUUUGCUUGUUCUCAUGAUUCUGCAGCUAUUGCUCAAUGCUAUAAUGAUAGAAGUGCUAGUACUAUUUCUCAAUCAGUGGAGACAUGUCAACUAACACAAACUGGAACAGCAACUCAUGGUUCAAUCAUACUAUAUAGAAAUGGUACUGUAUCAAACAGAUUCACAUCUGGUCGUGUUCUCAUAUACAUUACUGCUUGGGGCACUAUAUGCAGAUAUGCUUCCUUUGGUUCUACUGAAGCUGAUGCUGUUUGUAGGCAAUUGACAUAUACAGGAGCUUCUGAAUGGUCUUAUUCACAAAUUGACAAUUUUGGCACUUAUGCUACUCGCUCAUACGUAUUAAUUGAUGUUGAUUGUAGUGGAGGUGAAGAUGUAUUACUUCAAUGUUCUACUAGUGUUCUAACUAAUAUUGCUUGUAGUGAUCAAACUGAUGUAUCAGUUACCUGCUAUGAAACCAGGAUAUGGAAUAAUCCUUACAAUGGUAUGGUGAGACUGGUUAAUGGCGAUUUCUCCAAUGAGGGACGUCUUGAGGUGUAUUGCAGUGGACAAUGGGGCACUGUCUGUGAUAACUCAUUCAGUUCUACUGAUGGACUGACUGCUUGUGAGCAACUGGGCUACAAUAGAAUCAUCAGUACAGAUUAUAAAAGCGAUCCUGGUAAUGCCAGUCAGCCCAUAUGGUUGACCAAUGUUGCGUGUACAUCAAGUGAUACUUGUCUAACUCAGUGUAACUCUUGUCCAACUGCAUCAGUAUCAUCUUGCUCUCACUCGGAAGAUGUGUACAUUAGAUGCGGUAUUUCAGGUACUCCACAGAUUAGUUCCUGUAGAUAUACUAGCUCAUUUACGGAAUCUCCACAAUCAGGGGCCAUUAUACUAACAAGGAAUAAUGAAUACUCACCUUCCUUCACUUCUGGUCGUGUAGUAAUGUACGGUAUUGGCUCUUCAACUGCCAGCAACAGAAGGUGGGGCAAUAUCUGUAGACUUUCAGUGUUCCAGCAAGCUAAUGCUGAUGUUAUUUGUCAUCAGUUGACUUUUAGUGGUGCUUCAUCAUUUUCAUAUGCUGAAUUGGACUUGUUUGGCACAGAUCAAUCCAUUACACUAUUGGAUGACGUGUCUUGCUCUUCUAGUGAAUAUUUGAUGCUAUUUCAAUGCUCAGUGGACACUGUGAUCAAUUCUUUAUGUACUAAUGAUGAUGAUAUCUCUGUUACCUGCUAUUCAACUCGUAUAUGGAAUGAUCCAUUCAAUGGUGCUGUAAGACUAUCAAAUGGUGAAUAUGUGAACUCGGGUCUGUUGGAAGUGUACUGUAAUGGAGAAUGGGGAACAGUUUGUGACGAUUCUUUCAGUUCUAGUGCAGCAACGGCAGUUUGCAGACAAUUAGGAUACAGCAGCUUCUAUAGAUUUGAGCAUUUGGAACUUGUUGGUACAUCUAGUACUCCUAUAUGGUUGGAUGACUUGUCCUGUUCUACUGGUGAUAGCUGUCUCUCUGACUGUCAGAGAUGUCCUGGUAGCUCCGACAAUCACAACUGUGUGCACUCUGAAGAUGUGACUAUUACAUGCACAUCUACAACUCCCAGUGGUAGCUCUAAUCCCAACUACAGAACCUGUUCAUAUAUUAACACUGGUGCUAUUAUAGGCGGUACUAUAGGAAGUGUUGCUGGUGUAGUAAUAAUUUCAAUAUUAGUAUUCUUAGUAUUGAGAGACAAGCAUAAGAAGGGCCAAUUGCACAACCCUUUCCGUAAUGUGAGAAACCCUUUCCGUAAUGUGAGAAAUCCUUUCCGUAGCAUACGAUGGAACGUCCCACAAAGCACAACCACUCCUACUCCAGCCAGAGCCACCAUUGAGCUGGAGACUAUUCCAGCCCCUCCCACUAAUCAGCCACAGGAACCAACACGACAACCGCCUCCAUCUUAUAAUCCUAAUGGUUAUCCACCAGUCUCCGAGCAAAUUCCUACUGCUCCACAGCAAGAGCCACUCCCCUAUCCUACGGUUGGUAUUGGGGCAGGGCUUGCUUAUCCUCCACCCACUCAGUUUGGUUUUAAUCCGCCCACCACUGAUCCUGAUUCUAAAUCUCCUCCUGUUGAUGUGCCUGCUGCAUCCGACGGGGAAGGACUUAGGAAAGGGGAACCUCCUCCAUAUGAUCCGUCUUGGGGCUACCCACCUACUUAUUGAUGAGAGACAUUCUGUGUUUUAUCAGGAGCCUGGUUUUAUUUUAUAUUAAUCUUUUAUAUUUAUGUUUAUUAAUAAUUGUUCUACCCACGUGUUUUCACGUGGUUGGUUUUAGUCACAAUUGGUCAUCUCCGUAAA